AUGAUUAAUUUCCCUAAACUACCAUUUAAGGAGCAACUCCGAUCCCAGAUCAUACCAAGGAGGUCACCAUCCAAAUUGUUUACAAGAUUGAUAAAGAGAGACAGCGAUUCAGUACUCUCAUUCAGUCCAAAGACUUAUAGUUUCAGUGUGGAAGACGACAGUAGUGGAAAAGAAUCAAAGGAGAUUGAAAAGAUAACAUUGGAAACAGAUGAUUGUUUAGAUUAUUGUGGAUCCGGUCAAUCAAGUGGAAGUAACUCUGAUAGUUCCGACUCGGAAUAUUCCUCAUCAACAUCAUCUCGUGGAGGAGUACUAUCCAAACAAAAUGACAAUAGCAUAGCCAACUCUCGUAAUCAAUUCCGUGAGAAUUAUUUCCUUGGUGUGGAAAUUGGAAGUGGAGCAACCAGUACAGUAUAUUUAGUAACUAGGAAGAAGUCUGGAGAGAGAUACGCUGCCAAGAUUAUACCUACAAAGAAUAUAUUCACAAAAUACUUCAAGACAAUUUCCAAGGAAAUUGCCAUCAUCAAGAAGUUGAACCAUCCCAACAUUAUCAAACUAUAUGAAUGUUUCCUAACUCUAGAGAACUUAUAUAUUGUUAUGGAGUUUGUGGACGGUGAUGAAUUGUUCGAUGUAAUGCUUAGAAGGAGGGUAUUUAGCGAGGCCAAGGCAAAGGUUAUAAUUAGACAGAUACUGGAUCCAUUGGCAUACUUGCAUAAACAGAAUAUUGCACAUGGUGACCUGAAGCCAGAGAAUAUCAAGUUCAAUGGCGCAAAGACUUCCGUAAAGUUGUUGGACUUUGGUUUUGCACGACUGCUGGUGGCUGAUGGCGCCAAGGACAAGGACAAGGACAAGCAAGAGAAGCAAGAGAAGGAGAAAGAGAAGGAGAACCUGGGGAGUGGAACACUGGGCUACGAGGCACCAGAGAUUAUCACCAACUCCAGGAAGCAGACGUGUGCAGUGGACAUGUGGGCAUUGGGCGUGAUAAUCUACACAAUGCUCUGUGGCUACACACCAUUUGUCAGUGAUGAGAUGUACCAUGACGAGGAUCACAUCGACAGCACACCGUUCUGGGCCAUGUUCAACGAGAACACAUUGGCACUGCGCAAUGCCAUCAAGAAUGGCCAGUAUACUUUCAGCACAUACCAUUGGCGCGACGUGUCGGACGAGGCCAAGGACUUUAUUUCACAGCUGUUGACGGUCGACCCCGAGCAGCGUAUGAAGGCAGAGGAUGCCCUGAAGCAUCCAUGGUUCAAGAGUGUCUUGGACCUAACCUCGAUAUCGCUAUCAAUCCGAGAG